AUGGAGUUUCCCAGACAUUUGACUGGUACUGAGAACCUAGUUGAGCAGGAGACUGAGAACCUAGCUGAGCAGGAGACUGAGAACCUAGUUGAGCAGGAGACUGAGAACCUAGUUGAGCAGGAGACUGAGAACCUAGUUGAGCAGGAGACUGAGAACCUAGCUGAGCAGGAGACUGAGAACCUAGUUGAGCAGGAGACUGAGAACCUAGCUGAGCAGGAGACUGAGAACCUAGUUGAGCAGGAGACUGAGAACCUAGUUGAGCAGGAGACUGAGAACCUAGUUGAGCAGGAGACUGAGAACCUAGCUGAGCAGGAGACUGAGAACCUAGUUGAGCAGGAGACUGAGAACCUAGUUGAGCAGGAGACUGAGAACCAUGUUGAGCAGGAGACUGAGAACCAUGUUGAGCAGGAGACUGAGAACCUAGUUGAGCAGGAGACUGAGAACCUAGCUGAGCAGGAGACUGAGAACCUAGUUGAGCAGGAGACUGAGAACCUAGUUGAGCAGGAGACUGAGAACCAUGUUGAGCAGGAGACUGAGAACCUAGCUGAGCAGGAGACUGAGAACCUAGUUGAGCAGGAGACUGAGAACCUAGUUGAGCAGGAGACUGAGAACCUAGUUGAGCAGGAGACUGAGAACCUAGCUGAGCAGGAGACUGAGAACCUAGUUGAGCAGGAGACUGAGAACCUAGCUGAGCAGGAGACUGAGAACCUAGUUGAGCAGGAGACUGAGAACCUAGCUGAGCAGGAGACUGAGAACCUACCUGAGCAGGAGACUGAGAACCUAGUUGCAGAACAGGCGGCGCACAAUUGCCCAAGCUACAACUACAGCUACGGCUGCCUUAUCAACUACGGCUACCUUAUCAACUACGGCUACCUUAUCAACUACGGCUGCCUUAUCAACUACGGCUACCUUAUCAACUACGGCUACCUUAUCAACUACGGCGGCCUUAUCAACUACGGCUACCUUAUCAACUACGGCUGCCUUAUCAACUACGGCUACCUUAUCAACUACAGCUACCUUAUCAACUACGGCUACCUUAUCAACUACAGCUGUCUGGAGUUACAAUGA